GCAUCCUCGCUGUUACUUACGGUAACGUAGCAUUACUGGUUGGGUUCAUAGGUUGCGUCAUUCUGAAUUAUCUAGAACGCUUUACGACACUGUUGACAACUAAGGCUUUUGUUUUCUCUAGCGGGUGUCUGCUUUUAUAUUUUUUCAGUUAUGUUUUAGUUUUCUGAAAGAGUUGUUUGUAAUGAGUGUUUUUGACUUAUUUCGCGGGAUUUUUGGAGUACCUGGAGGCCAUCAUCGUGGACGAAGGGACCCUUUCUUCGAUGCUAUGACUCAUGAUGACGAUGAGGAUGAUGAUGAAGAAGAUGGAUUUUACUAUGAUGGGUUCAGGGGGGACCAGCAGGACCCCUUUGACAGUGCCUGGAGGUUUGGGUUCAGCGUUGGCCCAGACGGGAUGAGGAUCCAGGAGCCUCCAGUGUUUGGCCACGUCCUUAGGGAGAUGGAGGAUCUCUUCUCCCAGCUGGGCCACUGGGAUGGACAGCCAUAUUCUGGAAACUUUGGUGUUCCCAGUAUAAUGCCGCUGCCACCUAAGGAACGAGCAGAGAGGAGUGGAGGAGAAUCUAGUGGGAACCCCUUGAGAGACUUUAUGCUCAAAUCCCCGGACAACAACUCACAAGGACCCCAAGCAGGGCCAUCUCGGGAGCCUAGAAAUAAUGGCCCCCCUACUUAUGAGUCACCAGACUUUCCCAGCUUGCCAUUCCAUGGUUGGACCCCUUUCUCAAAGUUUAACAAUAUUUGGAAAAGAGGGCCAUCGAAAGCUCCAGAGGACGAGUGCAAAGGAGACAGAGAUCUGGACUCUGCAGUGUCCUCUGGGGGCCUGGAUCAGUUUCUGGCACCACCUGCUGGUCAGGCCCCGAACCAACCCAGGACCCGCUCAUUCUUCCAAUCAGUCAUCGUCACCAAGGUGGUGAAACCUGACGGGACUGUAGAAGAGAGACGAACAGUUCGAGACAGCCAAGGUAAAGAAGAGACCGUGGUGACCCACUCGGGAGGUCCUGGUAGGCUGGAGGGACCAGACCGUCAAACUGGACCUGUCAUAUCAGGUGGUCAAAAUCCAUUUUCGGACAUGCGGGAUGAUGACUCCUUAUUCUCUAAGUUCUUUGGGGGGUUUAAAUAAGAUGUAAAGUGAAGUAUAAAGUGGAGUAUAUUC